AUGCAUGUAGGAGUCCUACAGGCAAAAAUCCUUCAAUUUCAACUAAUAAGCGACGCUACCACCUUCAGAGAAUGUCACGAUCCAACAGAAAUACUGCAAUACAAUGGCGAAAAGCUUACUGGUCCGAAAAACAAAGCCUGUUUAGUAACUGGUAGUGGAACGUGUAUCAUUCUACCCGGUGUUGUGGCCUCGUUCAAAAUGCUGAAGAAACGUCUCCUCAAGAAAAUCGAGGAGGAUAACAAAAGAAGCAAAGGAAAUACGAUCAAUUCUUCUGCAUCACCUCCUACACUAGUUGUGAAUGCUGUCAAAUCGAUUGACGAGCAACGAAACCAUAUUUCAAUUGCAAUUACUCACUGGUUUCAAACUCAUCGUGACGACCUUAACUGUACAGAGAACGCCUCACUUGAAGAAAAGACCGAUUAUCGAAUCGAAUUUAACAGUGUCAAUGAAUUAGCAAUAGUCGUAUGUGGGUGUGGUACAAAGGCAACAUUAGGCCGGGCCAACAAUAGCGGAAACUUUCAAAUAGAUUUCGAAUUACUACCGCCACAUCGAACGUGGAAGUUGUUCAGUUAUGUUGAAGAAAUCAAAUGA